CAAUACACCCCGGCGGGAAGUCGGGGUUCCGACGCUCAUGAUGAACAGUAUAGUAGUGCCGAGCGGAUGGCCCGCUCGGCCGAAGGAAUAAAGUAUCAACACUGCGAACAGUCUAGAGCACAUGACCAGGAAUACUCCGAACGGACGUAUACCUUAGUCCGGUCGGACGUGAUGCGACUGCCGAGCGGCAUCCCGCUCGGUGCGGAAACAGAAGGGCUAGAAUGACAAGACAGAAGAUUAUGCUAUCUCAUCAGAAGAUUAUGUUGUCCCAUCAGAGACGUGCUCGGACUGUAGCAGUAAGGGGUCAGGCAAGCUCCUCUGACAAGCCCAUACUGGGUAUGGGCUGAGGACACGGGUGUGCCUCGGUGUAUGUGCAUCAGCCUCCUCAGAGCUCUAUAUAAGAGCCCGCAGACUUCGCCGGAGGUAUGAAAACUCUGAUCUUCGGAGCUAUUUCAUCGUCUUCUUCUUGCCUGACUUGAGCGUCGGAGGGUCGUCGCCGGGGACUCCUCCCCGGCCCGACUUCUGUGCAGGUUCGCCGGAGGUCUGUGCAGCUGGUCGGAGAUAGAGGAGAGUGCCACGUGCCCAGCGUCCGUCGAUUCAGCGACUCGGACAGGAUCAGGCAUGAUGUAGCUUUGUUCAACAAGAAUAACUUGGCGCUUGUGGCUCCAAAACUGCAAACAAAUGGGACUGGCGAGCUGUGCUUGUUAAGGAAUCAGCAAGUAUGGAAGAAAAACCAAUGGAUAUCAUACCUCCAGAGUUUGCAUCAAGGACAUUGGCCCAAGAGUAUGGUGGCGGCGAUUUUGCUGUACUGGAUGAUACAGUUAUUUUUUCAAACUACAAGGAUCAACGGUUAUACAAAUUAACUAUUGGAACAGGUUCUGCACCAAUUCCAAUUACCCCCGACUAUGGUGAGACUUUAGUCUGUUUUGCUGAUGGAAGUUAUGAUCCUCACUUCAAUCGCUAUCUUACUGUCAUGGAAGAUCACCGAAAAGGUAGCUUAAACAACCCCAGUACUAUAAUUGCUUCUAUAGAUCUGAAUGCGAUAAAUAUUGAUGAACCAAAGGAACUGGUCAUUGGCAAUGAUUUCUAUGCCUAUCCACGGGUAGAUCCAAAUGGAAAGAGAAUGGCAUGGAUAGAGUGGAGCCAUCCUAACAUGCCUUGGGACAAAGCUGAACUUUGGGUUGGGUAUUUCUCUGAGAAUGGAGAUCUGUCCAACCGGAUAUGUGUUGCUGGUGGCGAUCCUUCAAUAGUUGAAUCUCCAACUGAACCCAAAUGGUCACCCAAAGGGGAGUUGUUCUUCGUUACUGAUCGGGGAAGCGGUUUCUGGAACUUAUACAAAUGGGAUGAAAAGAAAAAUGAAGUGGUAGCUAUUUAUUCUUUGGAUGCUGAAUUUACCAAGCCACUCUGGGUAUUUGGCAUCAGUUCAUAUGAUUUUGUUUGGAAAGAUGGGGAUAGUAGCAAAAUUAUCUGCACUUACAGACAGAAUGGGAGCUCAUACCUUGGAAUCUUGGAUUAUGGUACAAAUUGGUUCUCAUUGCUUGAUAUUCACCUUACUGAUAUUGGAAAUUUAGUUAGUUGUGGCUCUUGUUUGUAUGUUGAAGGGGCAUCUGCAGCCCAUCCACUGUCGAUUGUCAAGGUGACUCUGGAUGUGAACCAAUCAAAUGCAACAAAAUCUUCAGUACUUUGGUCUUCCUCCCCAGAUGCAACAAAAUAUGAUUCAUACUUCAGCUCUCCAGAAGUUAUUGAGUUUCCAACUGAGCAUCCUGGUCAGAAUGCUUAUGCAUACUUUUACCCUCCUUCAAGUCCUGCCUACAAAGCAUCCGUAGAUGAAAAACCACCAUUAUUGCUUCAAAGCCAUGGAGGGCCCACAAGUGAAACAAGUUCUGGACUGGAUCUUAAAAUCCAGUACUGGACUAGUCGAGGCUGGGCUUUUGUCGAUGUCAACUAUGGAGGAAGUACUGGUUAUGGGAGAGCAUACCGAGAAAGACUUCUAGGACAGUGGGGUAUUGUUGAUGUCAAUGAUUGUUGCAGCUGCGCUAAGUUUCUGGUAGAAAGCGGGAAGGUUGAUGGAGAACGACUUUGUGUAACUGGAGGAUCAGCUGGUGGAUACACCACAUUAGCUUCUCUUGUUUUUAAAGAGACGUUUAAAGCUGGUGCUUCUCUGUAUGGGGUAGCCGAUUUGUCUCUUUUGAGGGCAGAAACUCACAAGUUUGAAUCCCACUACGUUGAUAAUCUUGUUGGAGAUGAGAAGGCUUAUCUCGAACGGUCUCCCAUUAACCAUGUCGAUAAGUUUAACUGCCCAGUGAUUUUGUUCCAAGGCUUAGAUGAUAAGGUUGUGCCACCUGAUCAGGCUCGUACGAUACACAAGGCUCUCAAGGACAAGGGCUUGCCUGUUGCUUUAGUUGAAUACGAAGGAGAACAGCAUGGGUUCAGAAAGGCCGAGAACAUCAAAUUCACACUGGAACAAGAGAUGGUAUUCUUUGCUCGUUUAGUUGGGCACUUCGAAGUUGCAGAUCCUAUUAUUCCGAUCAAAAUUGAUAACUUUGAUAAUUAGUAUGUUAGCAGUAAUUUUAGUUAUAUUAUGUAAACGUCCAUAGAGAAAUUAACUGACCUCGAAAAUUUAUGAAAAAAAAAAAUACAAUUUGAUCUUCUUGAUGUAAAA